CCGGCCCGGCGUCCCUGUGCAGCCUCCGCGGCCGAUGGGGGAGGUGGAGCCGGGGCCCGCGGGCCCGCUGGAGCCCCCGGAGCCGCCCGAAGCGCCCGCGAGCCGCCGGCCGGGCGGGAUCCGGGUCCUGAAGAGAAAUAUGAAACGCAAUGGGAGCAGAACUUGUUUGAAUAGGAGAAGUAGGUUUGGUUCUCGAGAAAGAGACUGGCUGAGAGAAGAUGUGAAGAGAGGUUGUGUUUACCUUUAUGGAGCAGACACGACCACUGCCUCUACAACCGCCUCUGCCUCCUCUGACUUACAUCUCGUCCUGUGUACAGUGGAGACCCCCGCGUCGGAAAUCUGUGCUGGAGAGGGAAGGGAAAGUCUGUAUCUACAGCUUCAUGGGGACCUAGUCAGGAGACUGGAACCUACUGAACGACCUCUUCAGAUUGUUUAUGAUUACUUAGCCAGGCUGGGAUUUGACGACCCUGCGCGCAUACAGGAGGAGGCAACAGAUCCUGACCUUGGCUGUAUGCUUCGAUUUUAUGGUGAAAAACCAUGCCAGAUGGAUCAUCUGGAUCGAAUCCUUCUGUCUGGUAUCUAUAAUGUACGCAAGGGAAAGACCCAGCUGCAUAAGUGGGCUGAACGCCUAGUUGUUCUCUGUGGUACCUGCCUCAUCGUUUCCUCAGUAAAAGAUUGUCAAACUGGAAAGAUGCACAUUUUGCCUUUGGUUGGGGGAAAGGUGGAAGAAGUGAAGCGACGGCAGCACUCCCUUGCAUUCAGCUCAGCGGGAGCCCAGGCUCAGACCUAUCAUGUCAGCUUUGAGACAUUGGCUGAGUGCCAGAGAUGGCAGCGACAAGCGUCCAAGGUGGUGUCCCAGCGAAUCAGUACUGUCGACCUCUCGUGUUACAGCCUUGAGGAGGUUCCUGAGCAUCUCUUCUACAGUCAAGAUAUCACCUACCUCAACUUGCGACACAACUUCAUGCAGCUGGAAAGACCAGGGGGCCUUGACACUCUCUACAGAUUUUCUCAGCUGAAGGGCCUGAACUUGUCCCACAAUAAACUUGGGUUGUUUCCUGUAUUGUUAUGUGAGAUUUCUACCCUGACUGAGCUCAACCUCUCCUGUAAUGGAUUUCAUGACCUACCAAGUCAGAUUGGCAAUCUGCUAAAUCUUCAAACCCUCUGUGUUGAUGGCAACUUUCUGACAACUUUACCUGAGGAAUUGGGAAAUCUGCAACAGCUUUCUUCCCUGGGAAUUUCCUUCAACAACUUUAGUCAUAUUCCUGAGGUUUAUGAGAAACUCACUAUGUUAGAUAAAGUAGUUAUGGCAGGAAAUCACCUGGAAGUCCUAAACCUUGGGGUGCUGAAUAGGAUGAGCCAUAUCAAACAUGUGGAUUUAAGGAUGAACCAUUUGAAAACUGUAGUUACUGAAAAUCUGGAGGGAAAUAAAUACGUCACCCACAUGGAUUUGCGGGACAAUCAACUGGCUGACUUAGAUCUCAACUCCUUAUGUAGCUUGGAGCAGCUGCAUUGUGAGCGGAACCAACUGAGAGAGCUGACACUCAGUGGCUUCUCCCUUCGAACUCUGUACGCCAGUUCGAACAGGCUGACAGCAGUGAAUGUCUAUCCAGUACCCAGUCAACUCACUUCUCUAGAACUUUCCCGAAACCUGUUGGAGUGUGUCCCUGAUUGGGCCUGUGAAGCAAAGAAGAUGGAGAUACUAGAUGUGAGCUGUAAUCUUCUGACGGAGGUUCCCAUGAGAAUUCUUAGUAGCUUGAGUCUUAGAAAACUGAUGCUGGGGCACAACCAGGUACAGAGCCUGCCAGCCCUGGUGGACCACAUCCCUCUUGAGGUGCUGGAUAUUCAGCAUAACUUACUCACCAGGCUGCCAGAUACUCUCUUCUCCAAGGCCUUAAAUCUCAGAUACUUGAAUGCAUCUGCAAACAGUUUGGAAUCUUUGCCAUCUGCUGGCGCUGGAGAGGAGAGUCUGAGUGCUCUGCAGCUGCUUUAUCUGACGAACAACCUCCUGACAGACCAGUGUGUGCCCGUUCUGGUGGGGCAUCCACACCUGCGAAUCUUGCAUCUUGCAAACAACCAGCUACAGACCUUUCCUGCAAGCAAACUGAAUAAAUUGGAGCAGUUGGAAGAACUGAACCUAAGUGGCAACAAGCUUAAAACCAUUCCCACGACCAUAGCCAACUGCAGAAGGCUUCACACCCUUGUCGCACACUCCAACAACAUCAGCAUUUUCCCAGAAAUUCUGCAGUUGCCUCAGAUCCAGUUUGUAGACCUAAGUUGCAAUGACUUGACAGAGAUCUUGAUUCCGGAGGCUCUGCCUGCUACUUUACAAGACCUUGACCUGACCGGAAAUACAAAUCUGGUUCUGGAACACAAGACGCUGGACACAUUUAGCCAUAUCACAACCCUGAAAAUUGAUCAGAAACCUUUGCCAACCACCGACUCUACAGUUACAUCAACCUUCUGGAGCCAUGGACUGGCUGAGAUGGCAGGGCAGAGAAAUAAGCUGUGUGUAUCUGCCCUAGCUGUGGAUAACUUUGCAGAGGGGGUGGGAGCCGUGUAUGGCAUGUUUGACGGGGACCGUAAUGAGGAACUCCCUCGCCUACUCCAGUGCACCAUGGCAGAUGUGCUUUUGGAAGAAGUACAGCAGUCAACAAAUGACACUGUUUUCAUGGCUAACACCUUCUUGGUGUCUCACAGAAAAUUGGGAAUGGCUGGACAGAAGCUGGGCUCCUCCGCUCUCCUUUGUUAUAUCCGCCCUGACACUGCUGACCCAACAAGUAGUUUCAGUCUGACUGUGGCCAACGUCGGCACGUGCCAAGCAGUCCUGUGCCGUGGUGGAAAGCCAGUGCCACUCUCGAAAGUCUUCAGCCUGGAACAGGACCCGGAGGAGGCUCAAAGGGUGAAGGACCAGAAAGCCAUCAUAACAGAGGACAACAAAGUGAAUGGGGUAACCUGCUGUACCCGGAUGCUGGGCUGUACAUACCUCUACCCUUGGAUCCUCCCCAAGCCCCACAUAUCUGCCACUCCACUUACCAUUCAAGAUGAGUUGCUGAUUCUGGGAAACAAAGCAUUGUGGGAACACUUGUCAUAUACAGAAGCUGUCAACGCGGUACGCCACGUGCAGGACCCAUUAGCAGCUGCCAAGAAGCUGUGCACAUUAGCCCAGAGCUAUGGUUGUCAGGACAAUGUGGGGGCAAUGGUGGUUUAUUUGAACAUUGGUGAGGAAGGGUGCACGUGUGAAAUGAAUGGGCUCACCCUCCCAGGUCCUGUGGGGUUUGCUUCAACCACCAUUAUCAAAGACCCCCCCAAACCAACCACUCCUUCCUCCAGUAGUGGUAUUGCCUCUGAGUUUGGCAGUGAGAUGUCCACUUCAGAGGUGAGCAGUGAGGUGGGGUCCACUGCUUCUGAUGAACACAACACUGUUGGCCUGGAUGCUGGCUUGCUUCCAAGGCCAGAAAGGCGCUGCAGCCUUCAUCCAACACCCACCUCUGGGGUUUUUCAGCGCCAGCCUUCUUGUGCGACUUUCUCGAGUAACCAGUCUGACAAUGGCCUGGACAGUGAUGACGACCAGCCUGUGGAAGGAGUCAUAACAAAUGGCAGUAAGGUAGAAGUAGAAGUAGAUAUCCACUGCUGUAGGGGAAGGGAUCUUGAGAACUCCCCCGCUCUUACAGAGAAUUCUCCUACCCCGUGUCCCGAAGAACAUGCUAGAGGAUCAUUUUUUGGGAUCCGAAGACAGAACAGUGUGAACAGUGGCAUACUUCUGCCAGUGAGCAAGGACAAGAUGGAGUUGCAGAAGUCCCCCUCUACUUCCUGCCUGUAUGGAAAGAAACUCUCCAACGGCUCUAUUGUGCCCCUAGAAGAUAGCCUGAACCUCAUUGAGGUGGCCACAGAAGCACCCAAGAAGAAGACUGGCUAUUUUGCUGCCCCGACGCAGCUGGAGCCAGAGGAUCAGUUUGUUGUUCCUCGUGACCUGGAAGAAGAAGUGAAGGAGCAGAUGAAACAGCACCAGGAAGGCAGGCCGGAGCCUGAGCCCAGCGAAGAGGAUCGGACCGAGCUCCCGGAGGAGUUUGACACAGCACUGUAAUCCUCCCCCAGGAGCUGUGGUAUCAGGGAAGGCUGUGUAGUGUCGGGGCAGAGAUCCUUCCAGAGGCAUUUUGCCUCUGCAUUUCUAAACCAUAGCUUAGGGGGUUAGAACUUGGAGCCAAAAAUGGUGGGAGCUAUCAGGGUCUUGCUCCGGAUAAGCUAGUAAACACCAUCAGUGUUAAGUUUCACAUUUAACCUGCGUUGGAAUUCCCAGAGUCACUGGGAAGAGAGCAGAUGUUCUUCUGUAUCAAUCCUACCACCUGCCAUUAACCCUUUCUCUCCUAGGAUCAUUUGAGAAUUUGCCUGCCUGGGCAGGAAAGGGGCUAUUUCUGUGGAGGAAAUAACUGAAGAUUGAUUCUCUUCACUAAUUGCUGCUGAUGGAUCUCUGUGACAGAGAAAUCACCUUAUAUCUCAACCUAACUGAUGGGAUGUGAUGUGACUAGUCACAUGGCUUUUCAUUCUUCUCUACGAGAAUACAGCCUUUCGAAAUGAUGUUUAUUGGAAAUGUAGAACCAAUCAAACAGAUAAUUUAUGUAUGUAAUGUAAUGAGAGCACUUUUCAUUGACUGUGAACUUUUUAUUUUUGAAUCUGCACUCGAGCCAGUCUUCUUAGAGGCAGCCCGGCACCUCUGUCUGUAGACACAGUGAUCAUCGGGCGUUGGCACAUUCUGUGAGGGGGACUAGGAAGGGCCUUGGGAAAUCAUUGAACUGUUGGAUGUCCAACUGGGGAGAGUAGCAUCCUUGGGGACGAAGAUGGGGAAGGAGAAAGGACUAAAACGACUUCCCCCCCAAAUCAGAAAAAAGAGAUUAACUCCUUGACAAAUGUGGCUCCUGUGAGGAAUCGCCCAGCAGAUCUCCAGAGAAGUAUUUGGGGAUUGGCCUCUUCCCACAACACGUGAUGGAGUUGGCCACUAGCCUUCUCAUAUGUUGGGCCAAGGCUGAUGCUGUUGGCGUCCAAGUAACCUUGUGUGUAGCAGGGGACUCUGCACAGACUGAGGCUGAAUGCGAACAGAUGGAUGGAUGGAUGGAGCUCAUGGGUUAGACACGCCCCUUCUCUUAAUCUAGAGUAGAGGGACAGUUUUCUAAAGUGUCGGAAAUGAGUUGAGUUCACCUCUUUAAUGUUUAACAGAGUACUCUUCUGAACACUGCUUAUCCACCUCACAUGGUUUCAGAGUACUGGGCUCAAUUACUAAUAUAAGAAAGACUUAAUUGAGAAAAUCCUAAGCUUACAGAAAACCUGGUUUACUGUAUUUUUUGCACAUUCCACAUAACCCUAGCAAAAUGUAGUUCCUAUUUCUGUUGCCUUUUCCACUAGAAGAUUUACUUAGGAAAAUUCCUACUUACUCCUACAAAAUUUUGACAUUGCUUGAUUUUACCCAAUGGGGAAUGUGCUUUGAAUUUUUUAGAAUACUUUCACAAUUAAAAAGAAAUAGUGUGGGACCAUUAAUUUGCUUUAUGAGAAACAAAAUGUUAAAGAUAGAUUUGAGAUAUAUAUAGAUGUGUCUAUCUAUAUCUUUUGGGGUGUUUUGGAAGUUUUUGUUAAAGCAAUAGUAGAAAACCAGAUGAUCUUUCCACAAAUGGUUAUGUAUCCUCAUCUUCUCCAAGGCCCCAUAGCUGUGUGUGCAUCAGUGGGGUACAUUCUUGGGGGACUCCAUACCACUCCAAGUAGCCGUCUAGAGUUCAACCCCUCAAAAAUCUGAGUUUGAGUCCCCACAUUGCCAGGAAAAUGUCUGUGUAUCAAACUACUGGUCAGCUACUAAAAAGUUUUAGAUCUCAGGUCUUGAUUUGAAGUGGGGCAUAUAAUGGUUCCUAUAAAGUUGAGGUGCUUCUGGAAAAAGGGGAACAAAGAGUGUGUUGCUGCCCUAUUUUUAUAUGGGAAAAUGGGGGAAAAAAUGAAGGAGAAACAAAAAUGAAGAAAAAGCUCAAGAUAAUAGUGAUGGGUGAUGUAAAACAUCUUCUUACCCAGACAGCAGAACUUUUGAGUUACAGAAUAGUGAUGCUGUCUAAAAAAGAAAGUUACUUUGGGAAUAUACCACUUUCUUAGUAUAGUUUCUUAAAAAUAGUCCUUUAUCUCUGUGAACCCUUUUCUUGUCUUUGUUUCCCACCCUACUUAUCGGGAACACCCCAUUCUGAAGUGAUUUCACCAAAAGUAAAUGCAUUUGUUUUUUCAUCAGAAGAACUGUAAAAUUCCAAAUGUUCUUUUAUGUGGUAGGUUUAUUUUCAGGAAACAUUAGGUUGCAUUGAAAACCUUUAAUAUAGGCUGUACCAAACUAACUACUCUUUCCUGUAACUGCCUUUCAUUCAUUUCCCUCUAUAAUUGCUCUGUAUUAAAAUAGAGGGUAAAAAGGCCAUCGCCUGUUACCAAAAAUAUACAGAACUCUUGACCUAUGAGGUCAUUUACAGUCGUGUGAGUUGAUUAGGUUGUCAGGUGGUAAAAUCCAGUAAUCUGUCUCCAGGUGAAUGUAAUCUACUUCCCAGGACUUUACCCAGAGGAUGUGUUCCCCAGGUGGGCAGAGUACGGUUGAUCUCUAGCCCAGAGACUCGGGCCUCUGCAUGAUUCUCAGGUCUCUGUGUGUAUCUCCCAUUUAAUAGAGAACUUUAAGAGAAGUUGUGAAAGGGUAUCACUCCUGCUUCUGGAGCAGUUCAGGAGUCCCAUGGAAGAAGGAAAAACACAUGAGUCUUGGCAGCCACGGUAUUCUUUUUAUCCAAAUGGAUUGGAAAUAUAUCUGAAAAUCUGAAUGCUAGUAUGUCAUAAAGAGUCUGCCAUAGAGUCAUUGAAUUGGCACUCCUGAUACAAGCGAGGGCUUUAUUAUAAUACUACUGUAGAGUGUAUAUGUGCAAUAAGUUGAUGAAUUCAUUUCCUUGGUGUAUAGAAGAGCCAACACAAGCAGCUUGGUAAUCACUGGGUGCUAAUAUAGUUGUUUGUAGCGAGUGCUAUUUUCCGGGAGAUGGAGCCAGUUAGGUUUGGUUUGUCUACUGAAUAUCAAACGAUGCUCUUCUUUCCCUGUAGACCUUCAGCGAAAGCAGGUACUUGCAAGCCACAGGCUCACCUUCUCUAUCUACUCAAUAAUUAUUAAUGAAGAGACCUCCAUAAGGGAGCAUUUGGCUGUUAUCGAUAAAUGUACCAAUUAUUAAAUAGUCUCCAAGCCAUUCAGUGAUGUCUGCAGCAUCACUAUAGAACUGUGUUGCAUCACUUUUUACUUCCCUCUGGGUGGGGUCUUUUCAGACUCCCCCAACCACGGAGGCAAGUUAAUCUUUCUCUCCAGUUAGUGACUUUUGCCCCAUAGUUGGGUAAGCACUUCCUAGAUUGAGAAAAGCAGCUACAGUAAAUCCUGCUGUUUCCUUCAUUUGAUGAUCAUUCAAUCACACAUAAGCUCCUUGUAUUCUAAAUUUCAUGCACUUCUCCCAGAUGCUAUAGGGUUUUCUCUCACUGUUGCCAGUUGAUGUCAUCCGGACAGUGAGUUCAUAUCUUAUGGUUUUGUGCAAUCAUUGUUGUAUUGUAGUCCUAAGACUCAUGAUAGUGUAUUUUUGAUAUUUUUGAAAUGUGUUGAAUUUUUUAAUUCAAUAAUAUGAGCCAGAGCAUGUUGCAGCAAAUCUAUUGUUUGUAAAAAAUAACAAUAACGAUAAUAAAUAAAAUAAAAUGGAGUAUCUUUUUCAUGGCUUCGUUUUAAAAUGGAAUACCUAUUGUUUUAUAAAUAUUUUAUUUUGGCAUGAAACUGUAAUUUUCUCUAACUUGUAUGUAGAAUUAGUUUCUUAAACAGAAUUUUUUUGCCUUUUUUUUUUUUUUUUUUUUUUUUUUU